AUGGCGAGCAGCAAUCAGCAUGUUUUGGUCUUUGGAGCAACGGGAAGAAUCGGCCAGCUGGUCGUCAACAAGUGCCUUGAAGCAGGACACCAGGUCACCGGCGUGACCCGCAACCCUGAAGCUGCUAUGAAGAAGCAACCGAAGAUCAAGUGGAUCAAGGCAGAUGCUUUGGACCCCAAGACCUAUGAGGACGCGCUGGUCGGGCAGGACGUGGUGUUUGGAUGUACAGGAUCCGACGGGAUCAAAGAGAAGACGGUCAUAUUCUCACAGGGGUACGCGCGCAUUAUAGAGGCGAUGGAGAGAAAAGGGGUCAAGAGGCUGAUCGCAAUCACCUCUUGCCACGACCACCCCAACGCCGGUUGGUUUUUCCGAAGGUUUGUGAAGCCAUGCAUCCUCAACAACAUCUAUGCAGACAUCGAGGUGUUUGAGACGUGGCUUCGAAAAGAAUACAGGGGCACUGUGGACUUCACGAUCCUCCGCCCGUUCGAGUUC